CCGUGCGCAGUCAGUAGUCAAUAGUCCCUGUUGAAUCGCGUCGCAACCCCGACCCGACCCGUGCGGCGUCGGAUAUGACCAGUGCGUCGCUGCCCCUUUCCGCGCCCGAGUGUUUUGUUUGGUGACUCUUCCUGUGCAACAUGUUUUCUGUGGUGGUUUUGUGAGUCGCGUUUUUCGAACUAUGCUCGCGGGUGUGCGUGACGAGACGUGAAUCUAGCUCCCACGUUUCAGGAGACGUUACGCCAGCUAAUCGGAUCCAGUGAUUUAAAAACAAGAGAAGAGCGGGCGGGCACGCGAUGGCGGAGAUUCGGGAGAACCCCCUGGGGGACGAGCACGUGCUGAGCCUGGAGCUGAAGCAGUGCGGGACGACGACGACGACGACGGGCGUGGAGAAGGACGGCGAGAAGGAGGCCCCGGCCCGGGGGAGCUGGUCCUCCAAGAUCGACUUCAUCCUCUCGGUCGUCGGCCUGGCCGUCGGCCUCGGCAACGUCUGGCGCUUCCCGUACCUCUGCUACAAGAACGGCGGCGGGGCCUUCCUCGUCCCCUACCUCAUCGCCCUCUUCCUGGCCGGCAUCCCUAUGUUCUUCAUGGAGCUCGCCCUCGGCCAGAUGCUCACCAUCGGAGGCCUCGGCGUCUUCAAGAUCGCCCCCAUCUUCAAAGGCAUUGGAUAUGCAGCAGCUGUGAUGUCAUGUUGGAUGAAUGUCUAUUACAUUGUUAUUCUUGCGUGGGCAAUAUUCUAUUUUGUGAUGUCAAUCAGGAUUGACGUUCCCUGGCGGACGUGCAAUAAUUACUGGAACACGAAAUACUGCGUGAGUCCUUACGAACGGAUCGGGCUCAAAUGCUGGAACACGACGACCCACGGCAGCAUUUGCAAUCUGAAUAACUACAAUGUCUCCAUCAAAGACUUGUCGGAUCCCGUCAAAGAAUUCUGGGAACGACGAGCGCUUCAAAUCACCACAGGUGUUCAACAGGUGGGUGAGAUACGGUGGGAGCUGGCCGGCACGCUGUUCUUCGUUUGGCUCUUGUGUUACUUCUGCAUCUGGAAGGGCGUCAAAUGGACCGGCAAAGUGGUUUACUUUACGGCACUUUUCCCGUACUUCCUGCUGACUGUACUGCUCAUCCGUGGAAUCACGCUGCCUGGCGCCAUCGAUGGCAUAAAGUACUAUGUAAAACCUAACCUCUCCAAGCUCGGCGAGUCGCAGGUAUGGAUCGAUGCUGUCACGCAGAUAUUCUUCUCUUAUGGUCUCGGUUUGGGAACUCUAGUCGCUCUAGGAAGUUACAACAAAUUUAAUAACGACGUCUACAAGGAUGCACUGAUCGUUUGUUGCGUGAAUUCGGGGACGAGUAUGUUCGCCGGUUUUGUCAUCUUCUCUGUCAUUGGUUUCAUGGCUCACGAGCAACAUAAACCAGUGGGUGAAGUCGCUGCUUCAGGUCCUGGUUUAGCUUUCUUGGCGUAUCCCUCAGCGGUUUUGCAACUUCCUUGGUCUUCUCUAUGGUCAUGCCUCUUCUUCGUCAUGCUUCUAUUCAUCGGUCUCGACAGUCAGUUUUGCACAAUGGAAGGAUUUAUCACAGCGAUGGUGGAUGAGUACCCACGACUUUUGCGUAGGCGGAAAGAAGUGUUCAUUGCUAUCGUUUGCAUUCUUUCGUAUUUGGCAGGCUUCUCCUGCAUAUCUCAGGGAGGAAUGUACGUGUUUCAACUGCUGGACUCAUACGCAGUGAGUGGAUUUUGUCUGCUGUUCUUGAUAUUCUUCGAAUGCGUCUCCAUCUCUUGGGCCUUUGGGGUGAACCGUUUCUACGAUGGAAUUAAGGAGAUGAUCGGAUACUACCCCUGCUGGUUUUGGAAGUACUGCUGGCUAUUUUCCUGCCCUAUCAUCUGCAUUAGCGUUUUCUUCUUCAACCUGAUUCAGUGGACGCCGAUCAAAUACCUGAACUACGAGUACCCAUGGUGGAGCCAUGUUUUUGGCUGGUUUACCGCUCUGUCCUCGAUGCUUUGCAUACCGGGUUACAUGAUCUACGCUUGGAUGACAACACCUGGAGAUUUUGACGAGAAAUUCAGGAAGCUUGUUCGGAUAGAGGACGAUGUGGCAACCUUGAGACUCAAAAUGGGCCAUAAAGCUGAGCCAAAAGAGGACGGAAAGUCUGACAUGAUCUGAUCUUCUUAGACGGCGAAAUCGUCUAUUUCCAGUCAUUUUCGUUAUUUUUUAGUUAAUUUAUUUUUUACCAUCCCUCCUCAUCCAUCGCUUCUCCGUAGGACAAUCAAUAAUGUUGUUACACCCAAGUGUAAAGUUUUGUUGUAGGGUUCAAUUUUUAUUUGUUUAAGUUUUCCGUCUUAGGUAAUUUGUUUAUUUUUAGGUUCCUCACCAUAAAUCUUCAUUUUGGUCCUAAGCUCAUUCCUUAUUUCUUUGUAAAUGUUCUCUCCGCGUAAAAUCAAUUGCUCACAAAUUGUUUACUUGCAGUAGUAGAUACCUACAAAAAUUCUGAAUUUAUUUGGUCGAGGACAUCACCACCAGAAUACUCAUUGCGGUUGUAAGACAAUUUACGACGUCAUCAGAAAAGCAGGUGAUACACUCCCUAGCUUCAAAUCCUCACAAAAAUACACUUCCCUUCCAAGAUUCCUUGCAUUCUUGUGUUGUCCCCAGGUAAAAAAUGUUUGAAUUAAUUUUCUUUCGAGGGUUUUUUUUUUUAUUAUCAUUAUUCUCUCCUUUUUGUUAGUAGAACACAAUCUGUAAUGAAACUUUACUUUCAAAUAUUCAA